UGGUUUAGUGUGACGGCAGUAUUGCAGCCCAACCCCAACCCAUGUUGGUAACCGCUUAUUUAAAACCCCACCACUCCGCCCAAACUCCAGAAGUUUUUGCGUUGUAAAAUUCAUCAGUGAUUGUGAAGGAAAGGCAUCGAAGAUGGCAGGGCCUCAGUGCUGCGAGAACCCACCAGCUCUGAACUCAAGCAGCGGACAUGGAUCUGUAUUAGAACUUGGAGGACUCAAAACUUACGUCUCUGCUUCUCCCAAUUCCAAACACGCCAUCCUCCUCGUCUCUGACGUUUUUGGUUAUGAAGCACCAAAUCUGAGGAAGCUUGCUGACAAAGUUGCAGCUGUGGGUUACUAUGUGGUGGUUCCUGAUUUUCUUUAUGGGGAUCCUUACAUUCCUGAAAAUAAGGAGAAGACUAUACAAGUCUGGUUACAAUCACAUGGAACAGAUAAAGGAUUUGAAGAUGCAAAGCAGGUUAUUGCAGCUUUAAAAGAUAAAGGCAUAUCUGCAAUUGGAGCUGCAGGGUUUUGCUGGGGUGCCAAGGUGGUGGUUCAACUAGCUAAGUCUGACAACAUUCAAGCUGCAGUGCUAUUGCACCCUUCAUUUGUCUCUGUGGAUGAUAUUCAGGAGGUGAAGGCACCAAUAGCUAUUUCAGGAGCUGAGAUAGAUCAGUUAUCUCCUCCUGAGUUUGUUAAACAGUUUGAGGAGAUUUUAUCAUCAAAAUCUGAGGUGGACAGCUUUGUGAAAAUUUAUCCUGGUGUUGUCCAUGGGUGGACUGUGCGAUACAACGUAGAAGACGAGAAGGCUGUGCAGAGUGCUGAAGAAGCUCAUCAGGAUAUGUUGGACUGGUUUACCAAGCAUGUCAAGUGAGUCGAAAGAAACCCAGCAGUUGAAAAAUUAGCCAUUAUAAUAGUUAUGGAGCUAAUUAUGGAUAAACUCCGUAUUGUAUCUUUUACGUAAAAGAAGAUUUAUCUUGCUAUGGUUAAGUGAAAUGUACUGUGUCCAUAGUUUGUUAUGCAUUUUGCCUGAGAACUAUAAGCAGUGUGCAUUUCUGGAACUGGAUGUUCAGUGUAUUAAUUAAAUGUUUACAAGA